AUGCAUAUCUUUUAUAUUUUUGGAUUCAUUCUCAGUUUCCUCGCCUUUAAUGGCUCUGGAGAACCGUUACAGUUCAAGCCUGGUAAUGCAUCUACCUUUGAAACUCCCGCACUUCCGGCAACCUUCAACAUUACUGAGUCCCAAUUGACAUACCCACUCGACCCUCCAGGAAGCUCAUCAUACUGGAGCACAUCAUUUGUCACUGCAUCCGACCAACAUCAAUACCUGAUUGUCUCCCACAUCCUUCUGAUGACCUCGGGCUCAGGUCCGGCCGCCCGUUGCUCGAUACUGGACAUCACCAACACAACAAACUACUGGAUGAGUUCCGUCAACGUGUCUCUCGCCACCAAUACAUCAACUCAAAGCGUGCUUGAUCUCGACUACGGGACCAUUGUCAUGCAAGGCCUAUCAGCGGACAGCACAAGUGUGAUGCGCACCUGGGCCUCGUACCCAAACUUCGGCUUCAACAUCACCUGGGAAUCCUCCUCCAAAGUCCUCCUCAACGGCGGCAGCGGCAUGUUCGCCUACGGCGAAGGCAACACGCACGAGUGGAGCAUGCCAGCGGGCAGGACGACCGGCACUCUGACGCUCGACGCCAACGACGAACUUACCAUCGACACCGAGAACUCGCUCACGUGGUACGACAGACAGUGGGGCUACACCGCGCCGAUAGGCGGCAAUUGGACGUGGUUCGAACUGCACUUUGCGGACCCGGAAACGAAGGCGAGUAUCUGGUCUAUUGAUCAGCCUGGGGAGAGCGAUAAGCGGUUUGCGAGUGUGCGGACCGAGGUCGGUACGCUUGUUGUGCCGUUCGAAUUGCUGCCGGACUGGAGUCGUACGUGGACGAGCCCUUGCUCGGGCGAGACGUAUCCGUUGGCGUGGACAUUGGAGUUUGGGGAAUCCGGAACGUUGUACAUUGAGACCGGGAGGGAUGAUCAAGAGCUCUGUGACGUUGGUCAGUUGCCGGCGUAUGAGGGCUUUGUGAAGGCCAAUGGGACAUUGUUGGGUAGAACUGCUUCAUUUGGCCUGGUUGAGAUGGUCUACGCGUAG